AUGAACGCUGACGUCACCACACUCCCGCUGAAAUCUUCUGGUGAGUGUCGCGAAAAAGAAGAAGUUUGGCGUAACUUUUUUUUCGCGAGCAAACUCUGGUUCGAUUUGAACUGUGCGUGUCGAGUUGGACGUUUAGAUGGGACAGACAAUCACUGUAAGAUGAACAAUUCUUAUGGAAACAUUGUGUACAGUGGUCAAAUAGGUGAAACUCCCGAACUGCAAGGUCAAGUCGAACAACACCCGCAUCAAGCUAAUAACCAUCAUCAUUAUCAGCAGCCGCAGCAGCACCAGUAUCAACAGGAUACGCACAACGGUCUGAAGGAAGGCUAUAGCCAGGAGAGGGAAAGCAUCAUCGCGAACAACACUCACGCGCAAGGUGCAGCAGCAUACCAGGAGCCGGAGCAGGUGAAGUCAGCAACGAUGGAGAGUGCGGACGAGGUGAAGAAUCACGACGGUGAGGAGGAGAUUGAGGAAAACCAUCUCGAGGAGGAGCAUUUGGACCCGGAAGAGCCGGAAAACGAAGACGGAAAGGCGGAAGCUGAAGAUCAAACCGAAGCGACGAAAGAGAACGAUGCGACUGAUGCGAAAGCGGACGAUGAAAACGGCGACGCCAAGGAAGCGGAAGAGGAUGCAAAAGACAAACCGGAUGGUGAGGAAGACGACAAGAAGGCAGUCAAAACUGAGUCCAAAAUUGAUGAUGACGAUAAGCCGCUGAAAACUCGGCGCCGAGAGGGAGGAGAACCGGCAGAUUUGGAAAUUUGUCGAGUGUGCACAUCGAAGGAUACGCUGUCGGAUAUUUUCGAGUUUGAUAACGACAUGAGAAUAAGCGACAUAAUCCUCAAGCUAUGUCCGGCCGUUCGGAUAACUGAGCGAGAUCACCUGCCGCACAAGAUUUGCAAAGGAUGUGUGGAAAAGGUCAAGAUCGCGCACGAGUUCAGAAUCACCUGCGAAAACACCGACAAGGAACUGCGGAAAACACUCAAGCGCAGCUACAACAAGUCUCGCCGGACGACCGACUUUGUCAUCGUGAACUGCCCCAUGUCGGACGGGGAGGACGACGACGACGAACCGCAGGACGAUGACGAGUACAAGGUGUCCCAGUCGGAAGUCGAGUCCGAACCGGUCACGUCGGAUGACAGCUUCGAACCGUCGAGAACAAAAAUCAAAAAGACCCCCAAGAGACGCGGCCGCCGUCCGAAAAACGAAUCCAGCGGUGCCGGCUCGGAAGAAGUGGUGGUCAAACGAAAGCGUGGCCGACAGCCCGGAUAUUCACCGAAAACUGGAAUGAUCAGCAACACCCCCAAGCGCGGCCCCGGUCGUCCUCCGGGCCGUCCCGGACGUCCACCAAAGUCCGCGUCCAAAUCUCCCGGACUGGCCAACGUGGUGUACAUCGAAGCUCCGGACGGCAGCUCGUCCGAAAGUGACGACGACAAACCGAUCAGACCCCGCAAAACCCACGACUGCAACAAGUGCGACGAAACGUUCAAGACCGGCGUCGAACUGAAGGAGCAUCUCCUUACUCACAAGGGCGAUCUCUUCCCGUGCACCAAGUGCGACAAAACGUUCAAGUCGAAGGUCUACCUGUCGAACCACCUGGAACGCCACGACCAGGACGACAAAAAGCGCGAGGAAAAGAUGAAGGCGAAACAGGCGAAAAAAGAAGCCAAGCGGCAAGCGGAACUCACCAAGCGGCCGUACAACAAGCACUCGUCCGGCGGAAGUGCCGAGAAGAGAAAGAAAAUGGAACCCUCGCCGGCCAACAGCGGGCGCGAUCUGUUCAAGUGUGUCGCGCCGCUAACCUCCACCUACUGGAGCGAUAGCUUCUCCGAUUAAAAUGGUGAAAAACGAGUGAGCGGUCGGGCGGGCGAGCGAACGUCGGGACGGGUGUACAUUUGGACUGCUGGAAGUUUGAGGACCGCCGAUAGCAUGCCAACCGGGGAGACGACGACGACGAGGGUUUUGUUUAUUAUUUCUUUCAUUUUUUUUUUUAAUUCGAACAUGGGUGCCAUCUUGAUCGCCUGCGACUGCUGCACUGCUGUGUGAAGAGUGUUGACGUGUGUGCGUGCGUACGUGGGAGGAUUUUCAACACUAUUGUUUCCGGACGCGAUACGUUGCUGAAAGUUUCUCCCCCUCAGCGGAUUCGAGGAUUUGGCGGUUGGGUUAGCUGGACGUCUGGACGUGGCACUAUACAAUAGACUGUAAAUAAUGCUGAAGGGUUUUUUUUUUAACUGGAAGGAUGAAAACAUUAACUAAAUUCAGUGUAUUAGGAAGGUACUUUUUGCAGAAUAUCUAGCGUGUAAGUGAGCUUUGCAGAGAAAUGUUUCUACUGGAUACACAUUAAUGAUGGAGAUCUUAACCUUUUCACGAUAUUAGUUAUUAUUUGCAGCAGCUCCCCUUCUCUUUAAUAUAUUUGAUUUCACAACUAAUGUUUAACACACACACUUCCACACAUAAACUAACAACACAAAUAGAUAGAAAGAAUCGAUUUACUGAUGUCAAUCAUUUAGGUUUUAGGUUUAUUCCACAUCUGAGCAGAGUAACCGAUAAGAAACAGGCAUUGAAUCAAACAAUACAUUUUAACCGCUUUCCUUUGUUUCCCCCUUACUGCGUUCAAGCUGUUCUUUCCUGUCACAAAAUCCAAGAUUUGUUUGCUUUAUUUUGUGCAAUGCCCAGCAGAGAAAUGAAACCGGAAUACCGGACAGAUAUGAACUAAAAGCACCUUGAUAGAUUAGCAUUAUUUUACGGUAGAACAAUAAGUCUCCAUUUCAUGAGUAUAAAACGAUUGGAUUUAUCUUUACAAACCGCAUUCAAUAAAUAAACAUAAGACUAGUGAAAUGUG